CACACACACACACACACAGCAUCGAACGAAGAACUCGAGCACACCGUCGAUACGAGACCAUACGAUCGGAUGGCGAGCGGCAAGGCGAAGGCGUCGUCGUGGGCGGCGGCGAUGAGCGUGGGCGCGGGCACGGCCGAGGCGCUCAAGGAUUGGCAUGCCGCGCUGUCAAGCUGGAACCACGCGUUCCGGUCAUUCCAGCAGGGCGGCAGCACUACUGCGGCGGCCGGGAACAGCAAGAGCAGGGCGGUGCCUGCUGCCGGUGGUGCCGCGACGAGGAGGAAGGCGAAGCAAGAGCAGGAGGAGGAGCUCCGGACUGUCAUGUACCUCAGCAACUGGGGCCCCAACAACUAACCGGUCGAUGAACCAACAGCUAGAUGUUCUUAAUUAGAUGGCUAGAUUGGGGUACUAGUUGCUCUUUCUCGAUCGGCAUGAACAUUCUGGGGCUUGUGUUCUGUUGUGUCAGAUACGGUACAUGAACCAAGAUCAACUUGCGUGUUUUA